UUGCUUGCUUAUUCUGAUCGAUUGGUUGUGAGGUCGGUUUUUUAAGGAUUUUGGGGGAAAUAUAUAAGCAUGGUUAUUUUGUAGUUAAUUAGUUAUCCGAACUCAUUUAGGGUGUUUUGUAAAUCUACAUACACACAGAUAUUUAUUCAAGAAAGAUUUCUGAUUUUUGUGAAUCAACAUUGUUUGACUAUUCUGAAUUACCUACAUAAUUACUUCACAAUCAUCUUGUCAAGUUUCAUGUUUCAUGAGAUAAACACUUUGUAAUUGCUUCAACACCCACCCAAAAAUAGUGCAGUAACAAAUGAAAUCCAAUUAAAUGAAAGCUGAAACUCUUUUUUUGUGUGUGUGUGUAUGCGUAUGUGUGUGUGUGUGUGUGUGUGUUUGUCGCUCUACACGACGAUGCAAAAGUUUCAACAACCCAUUUACUGACACUUUUUUGCAAUUCUGUCAUUUCAUCACUGAUGAAAACGAGAAAACGAAAAAACGACGACAAAAUAAAUAAAUUCGAACAUUUUGUCUUGUUAAUCCUUCUUUAGCCUGACGACAUCUUGAAGUCACUUUUUCUUCUUCUUUUUUCUGAAUGGUGUUAUUUGGCUUCACUUUUUUCGUCGCCUUUUUUUCAAUUUUGCAUACUUCAUUAAUCCAUUAUUAUAAUUAUUUCCCGGUUUUUUUCGAGCAAUGAAAAAUAUUUCCAAUUAUUAAUUUCCAGUUUUUUGUAUAAAAUCGGAAAUUGAAAAAAUUACUUCGGAAAUUGGAUAAUUUAUGAGUGGGUAAAAAAGUCUGGAUGAUGUUUUUAGAAUUUUUUGCAAAUAACGAACAGAGAAAGGUCAUAGACUAAACUUUUUGCAAACAAAAUUGAUCAAACAUUUGGGAAUGAAGUGAACUGAACAUUUUCAGAAAUAAAGAACUUUUUGUUGGAAUUAUUUCAAAUCUUGUGAAGUAGCUGAAUCUCACAGUUUUUUAAAGGUUUUUGGGAAUCAAACAUCAACAUAAGACGGACGAAGGAGACUCAGGGGUUAACUUUUCAAAAAUUUUUACAGAAGGGGCUUACCUCAAAGGUCCCUUCAGCUAGUUCGUGAAUGUAUUUGUAACUCCAAAUUUUGAAUCUGUUUUAUUAUUUUUUUUAUAUUUUCAAUAUUUUCACCACGACUUUAGUCGGAAAACAAUGAUACUGAAACUUAAAAGUACUUGAAUUUUUCCGUUUUGAUGAACUUAGCGAUUGUUUAUCAAACUCCUAACAUCACACAAAUAUGGUGACCCUUCCUUUCAUCAAGUUUCUUUCUCAAUUCUUCUGAAUCUCUUAGUUUCAGUCUGAUUUUUGAACUUGCAAAUACAACGUAGAUUGUUUUUUCCAAGAAAAUGAAAGAAAAACAAACAAGUAAUAUAAUAUAGGGUUCAAUCAGUGGAACCUUUCUCCCCCCAUUUUUUCGUUUCUUUUGCAGCAUGGAAAAAACGAAAGAAAAAAAAGAGAAUAUAUAUGAAACUUUGAUGAAUAUUAUUUCUUUGCAAUUUCCUGUUAUAAAAUCACACAUCCGGUAUCAGCUAAAACAUUCUCGAUUUUUUCAAUCUCACAAGAGCACACUGACAAAUCCAUCUAUGCUCUGAAUAUAUUCAUGUGGAGGAAAUUGUCAAGUUCCUUCCAGUGCGUAUUUUUCUUGUGUUUUUACUUGCUUUUGAGAAAUGAGGGUGGUAGGUGAAAGAUCGUUUUGUUUUGGGAAUUGUUGAGUCAUUUUCAAUUUAUUUCAAGUCUACAGAAAUUUGAAAAAAAUAUGUUUUUUUCAUAUAAUGCGGAGUUUGUGAACUUUAAGCUGUCUAGGAUUUUUUGUUGGAUUUACAGAAGGGAUUUUGAUUUCAUUGAUGUUCAACGAUUUUUUGAUGACUAUUGGCUCAAAAAACCAAAUUUUGAAUUGAACUCCAAAAGAGAUCGAAGUUUGUGAGCAUUCCGACAUCCUGAAGUCUAAAUUCAGCGAAAAACUCCCACAAUAUCACCCACAAAAGUUUUUUGUUUCAUUCAUGGAGGUCAAAAAAUAGUCGAGUUGCAAAAAAUGAAUUAUUCAUACUAUCAAUUCAUCAAAAACCUCCAAUACUAAACCACAUACACGAAUGAUAAAAUUUUAUUAAAAAUGUAUGUACAGUAUUUUUUGGGAUACAUUUUCAGAUGAUUGAUCUCAAAAAUAGAGAUCAAAAGAAAUAGGAAAAAUUCAGAAAUAAUUGUGACAAAAAAUGUCUACGAUUAUCUCUCCAACUUCCUUGUCCCAAAUAUUUCCAACUUUUUGCCAAGAUAUAUUUUCCAUCUAAAACUAAAAAUAAGUUAGUUGUACAAGACGUAUAAAAUAUUCCUUUUUUAGACAAGUAAGCUUUCUUGACUCGUCUUUUCCAUUAAUCCUGUUGAUUUGACACAUCUUUCUUUUUUCUUCUAUUUUUUUUAUAUAUGCCUCAUUUAUUUUUUCUCAACUUUUUUUUCAGCUCCAUAAAUAUAUAUUUUGUUUUUGUUUCUGAUGAAAAAGUGCCACCCCAUAACAAAUAUUAAUCCAUCCAUAAGUUCUCAGAAAAAAAUUAUGCAAUUUUAUUCUGCUUCGUGUUGUCAAGCUUCUUCUUUUUUUUCUCAAUUUUUUUCCAAAAAAAGUGGGCGGAAUAUAUAUCUGGAAGUGAAGAUUUAAACUUAUAAUCAGUCAGCGGAUUUGAUUUUCUAUCACAAAGACUGAAAAAAAGAGAGACUCAUUGAAUUUUUGUUCUAUACUAUUUUUUUCUUAUUACUGACUACUGACGCACUCAAAAAUGAUGUAAGUUGACAUGAUUUGCAUAUUCCUCAAGAGUUUUUGGAAUCUUAGAUUUAGUUAGCAAAAAAAAAGAUGAAAAAUGUACAUAGCUUUGAAAUUCUUUUUUGUGGCCACAAAUUUUACGCCAUUAUGAGUUUUUCGCCCCGUCUAAUCAUGUUAUCACCUGUUUUUUUCGCGCUUUUUCUAGUGGAAAAAGUUCAUAAUUAUAUUUUCAAAGAAAAAAUAACUAAAGAUUUUACUGAAAAAAUUGAUAGAAAAUGCUGAUAUCACGGUGAGUUAGGUGAGGUUUAUUCGAUAAUAUUUGUACAGGAAAGGUUUAUCUAUUAGUUGGUCCGGUUUAUCUAUUAGCUGGGUAAAACUUUUACCAUGAUCCCAAAUGUUAUCUUAUUUUCUCGUGAAAUACAUAUUAUCAUACCAUAUUCCAGAAUUUUCAGAUUCACAUACAUUAUUACUUCAGAAAAUCAUAAAAUUCCGGAAUAUUUUUUGUAAUUUUUAUCUAUAUUUUUUCUUUAAAAUGAUUCACACACUUUUUUAUCUAGUUUUUUCUCCAUUUUUUCUAUCGCAUAUACAUCUCAUUUAGUCUGAAAGCUAUAAAAAAAGACAUGAAGGAUUACGUGUGUGGUGUCGUUUAAUCUGCUCUACAUCUAUCUAUAUUUCCGAACACAGAAAAAUCCUUUUGAUAAUUUUUCUAUUUGAAUAUUAGAUCUAAUUAUUUUUUUUCAAAAUUCACAAAAACAUAUUUUUUUCAGAUCGAGUUAUGGAAUGAGUUCUGCCGAAGAAUCAUACACAUUUUUUCAAGUAAGUUUUGGUUUUUUGAUCAGAAAUCUUUAGCAGUUGAUGUUUGACAGAUUAAAAAAGCAUGAAAACAAAAAUAUGAGUUUUUUCAGGUGCUGAAAGGCAGUGCACUUUUCCUCUUGGUGAUAUGGACAAUUUUCGCAAACUCGCUUGUGUUUAUUGUUUUGUACAAGAAUCCAAGACUUCAAACGGUCCCCAAUUUAUUGGUUAGUAACAAAUUAUUUCAAAAUAUGAAGAAAAUGAACAAUCUUUUUAGGUUGGAAAUUUGGCAUUUUCUGAUCUGGCUUUGGGACUUAUUGUUCUUCCAUUAUCAUCAGUUUAUGCGAUAGCUGGAGAAUGGGUUUUUCCAGAUUGGUUAUGCGAAGUGUUUGUGUCAGGUUAGUUAUUUGAUUUUUGAAACAUUGAAUUAAUGCGAUUAUACGAUUUUUCUAACUAAUGAGCAUUUUAAUGAAUGUUAAUGUUUUAAGCGGAUAUUUUGUGCUCAACUGCAUCAAUUUGGAAUCUAUCAAUCGUUGGACUUGAUCGAUAUUGGGCUAUAACAAGCCCGGUUGCAUAUAUGAGUAAACGUAACAAAAGAACUGCUGGAAUCAUGAUUUUAUCAGUUUGGGUUUCAAGUGCUUUGAUCUCGCUGGCCCCGCUUCUUGGAUGGAAACAGGUUAGUAAUUCAAAAAACAAAUUGUUUUUCAUUUCUCACUUUUUAUUUAAAAAAAAAAAAAAAAAACAAUGAUCGUAUUAUUUGCAAGCUUUUUUAUUAAUCCUGACUUUUGUUCUAAUUAAUCCCUGUGUUUUCAUAGACCGCAUCAAAACCAAAUUUGAUUUACGAAGAAGGAAAAGAUGAUAGGCGACAAUGUACUUUUCUUGAUCUACCAAGUUAUACCGUAUACUCAGCAACUGGCUCUUUCUUCAUUCCAACAAUUUUGAUGUUUUUCGUCUAUUUCAAAAUUUAUCAAGCGUUUGCGAAACAUCGUGCACGACAAAUUUAUCGACAAAAGGUAAGUGAAUUGUUUUGUGAAUAAAUUGAAAAUCCCGCAAAACAUUGAAUGAUCGAGCAAAAAAUGUCUGAAUGCAGCAACAUACUUCUCAGCCUGUAUGAUGAUAUAUUUAUUCACCAAAGGGUGAACUUUCUGUGAGAGAUAAAGCAAAGCAAAAUUAACCCAAAUGACUCAAAUGAAACCCAUAACAAUCAAAAUCAAUUUUUAGCUGGCCGUCUCGUCACAUGUAAGAACUAUAUUUUUAUUUAUAUUGUCAUUUUAGUGUUUUUGUCGCCCUUUUUGCCCCCUCGUUCACAUCACAACACACAUUUAUACACUACUAUACACCGCACCACCCUAUUUUCAAUUCAAUUUUUCUCGAUAUGUGCGAAAUGAUCUCAUCUCAUUUGAUUUGACUUGAUUUUUUGAUUUUUCCUCUCGAAUUCACACAAAACAAGGCAUGGCAUGUCACCCCUUUUUGGAUUGGAAACAAGUUGAAUUAUUUUCAGAUUCAGAGACCUCCUUUUUUCAUUUAUAUUUUUUUCAAAAACUCCUACCAGUGGUUUUUUGUGUGACUUUUUUUGAUAGCGUAGAUGAUUAGCUUUUUUGAGUGAUAUGAUUGAUUUCAAAUUUAAGUUUGACAAAAAUCAAUGAACUUUAUUUACAGGUGAUUCGAAAACAUAUCGAAUCAACUAUUCUUCAUGAAAUUAGUCAUGUUCUUCCAACUUCUGAUGAAUUUGCUAAAGAAGAAGAAGAAGAAGAAGACAGUAAGAUUUUCUUCUGUGCAAAAUUGGAGACAAAACAUAAGUUUCAUUUUUCAGGUGAAAGUAGUGGCCAAGUGGAAAACGGUCUUCGAAAUAACAAUGACGCUAUAAUUGAAGAAGAGGAAGAUGAAGGCGAAGACGAAGAAUCUGAUGAAAAACGGGAUGAUCAUACUGUAGUUACCACUGUGACUGCUACAGUAGUCGGGCCUUCAGAUACAUCGUACAUUAAACGGGAAGCAAAAGUAUGAUUCCCACAUUUUGAAGGAUUCUUUAAACUCACAUGAAUUUUUGCAGAUUUCAAAAUCCGUGCCCGCUAUGAUUGAUAAAAACGAAGCUAUUGUGCAUAAACGAGAAGCAAAACCAAUGCGAAGUGUUAUGGCAAUUUCCUAUGAAAAAGUGAAACGACAUAAAAAUCGGUAACAAAAAAGACUUUCUCGAAUGUUCUUUGCAAAUAAACUCUGAAUUUAUUUUUAGGAAAGAGCGUAUCUAUCGAAAAAGCUUGCAAAGGAAACCGAAAGCAAUUUCAGCGGCAAAAGAAAGACGAGGUGUCAAAGUGUUGGGAAUUAUUUUGGGAUGUUUCACUGUUUGCUGGACGCCGUUUUUUGUGUGAGUCGGGGAUGAAAAGUUUCUAUGGGAAUAUUUUCAAAAUUAGAAAAUGAAUCAAUAAAAUAUUUCUUGCAGAAUGUAUGUACUUGUUCAAUUUUGCCAAGAUUGUAGUCCAAAUGCUCAUAUUGAAAUGUUUAUCACAUGGUUAGGUUACAGUAACUCGGCUAUGAAUCCGAUUAUUUACACGGUAAUUGAUAACGUUUCUUGAGUUAAUUCUUAAUCAAAGAACAUUUCAGGUUUUCAAUCGUGAUUAUCAAAUUGCAUUGAAACGACUUUUCACAUCGGAUAACAAACCAAUAUCCACAUCUCGAUUAUGA